AUGGAUCAUGUGGUCGGGGGCAAGUUCAAGCUCGGCAAGAAGAUCGGGAGUGGAUCGUUCGGGGAGCUCUUCCUCGCUGUGAAUGUGCAGACUGGAGAGGAGGUCGCCGUCAAGCUGGAAAAUGUCAAGACAAAGCACCCGCAGCUUCAUUAUGAGUCGAAGCUAUACAUGCUUCUCCAAGGAGGAACUGGCAUUCCACACCUGAAGUGGUUCGGCGUUGAGGGGGAGUAUAAUGUGAUGGUGAUUGAUCUUCUUGGCCCUAGCCUUGAAGACUUGUUCAACUAUUGUAGUAGGAAGUUCUCUCUGAAGACUGUGCUCAUGCUUGCUGACCAAAUGAUUAAUCGGGUUGAGUACAUGCAUCAAAAGGGGUUUCUUCACCGGGAUAUAAAACCUGAUAAUUUCCUUAUGGGGCUUGGUAGGAAAGCCAAUCAGGUAUAUAUAAUAGACUAUGGACUCGCAAAGAAAUAUAGGGACCUUCAAACUCAUAAGCACAUCCCGUACCGAGAGAACAAGAACCUCACUGGAACUGCACGAUAUGCAAGUGUCAAUACCCACCUUGGCGUUGAGCAAAGCAGGAGAGAUGAUUUAGAGUCUCUUGGUUAUGUUCUUAUGUACUUCCUUAGGGGCAGCCUACCAUGGCAGGGGCUGAAAGCAGGAACCAAGAAGCAGAAAUAUGACAAAAUCAGUGAGAAAAAGAUGCUUACUCCCGUGGAGGUACUCUGCAAAUCGUAUCCAUCAGAGUUUAUCUCCUAUUUCCACUACUGUCGUUCAUUGCGGUUUGAAGACAAGCCUGAUUAUUCUUACCUGAAGAGACUCUUCCGUGAUCUCUUUAUUCGGGAAGGAUACCAGUUUGACUAUGUGUUUGACUGGACCAUUUUGAAGUAUCCUCAGAUAGGCUCCAACCCGCGGAUGAGGGCAGGGGAAAGAACUAGUGGAGCUGCUGGACCCUCAAUGGAUAAGAUUGAGAAGACCGCAGGAGAAGCGUCUGGUAGAAGGAAUCCUAGUGGUUCUGUGAAUCAGAGUGACAAUUAUGCACAACGACCACGUGAGACCGUAUCUAUGUCAUUAAAGGAAAUUAUGCAUAGCACUGACCGGUCUGGGGAAAGGACUGUGGAGAGACCACGCACAUCCUCACGCACAGGCAGUGCAUCCCGCAGAGCUGUUGCAUCAAGCAGCAGGCCAGCCUCAUCUGUGGAACCAAUUGAGCAGUAUAACCGGACAAGCAGAUUGUUCUCUAGCAACAGUGGCAGUCGCCCAUCUAGCUCCCAGAGAGUUAACCCAUCACCAGGCGAGUCAAGGGCUACCUCCCUCUCACGGGCGGCAGUUGCGAGAGGCUCCCGUGACGAGCCACUCCACCGCAGCCUGGAGCUUCUGUCCCUCGGUGGUGAAUCAAAAUCCUGCUAUUGCAAGAUAAUGAAAAACAUAGCACCGUUGCAGGCUGCUAUACUGUAUAUUCCCACUACAAAGUCAACCAUGGUGCAGGUUGUCGCUUUGGCUAAUCUUAUCCCCCUCGACGACGCCGUCGAUGAACUCGACAGCUACAUGUACCAAACUGUUGGGCACCAGAUUGUGGUGAGCUACGCGAAAUGCAUGAGACUGCCUCUUUUCCGGAGGCGCAUUCGUGGAUCCACAAGGGAUCAGGAUCUCAAGUAUAGUGUCACGGCGGGUGAUGAGGUAGAAGAUAUGUUUGCUCUGUUGAGCGAGGUUAAACGGCAAAUUCCAUCCAUCAGCGCAGUGUCGUCAGGUGCUAUCGCAUCUGAUUACCAGAGGCUCCGGGUUGAGAGUGUUUGCUCAAGGCUGGGCCUGGUCUCGCUGGCGUAUCUAUGGAAGCAGGAUCAGACUUUGCUCCUAGAGGAAAUGAUAAGAAGGGGCAUCGUGGCAAUAAUUGUGAAGGUUGCUGCACUGGGGCUGAAGCCUUCUUCUCACUUAGGUAAAGAACUGGCUGAACUUAAGUGUCAUCUGCUCCAAAUGAAUGAGAGUUAUGGAAUCAAUGUGUGUGGUGAAGGUGGAGAAUAUGAAACACUAACUCUUGACUGCCCUCUAUUUCGUAAUGCAAGAAUUAUUCUCGAUGACUCAGAAGUGAUACUCCACUCUGCUGACUCCAUUGCUUCUGUUGGAAUUCUUCAUCCACGAGCGUUUCAUCUUGAGCACAAGCCAGAUUCAUCCGAUAGAAUUGAGGAUGGUUCUGUUACUCAAGAGAGUUCUAGUUGUCUAUAUGAGGUUGAUGAAGUUAUCACUCACGCUGAUGUGGAAGAAAAACAGUCCCCAAGUCCAGCUGUUGAUGCUUGUACCAAUAUAGACCUAUGUAUCUCAAAGACAGGGAAGAAUUUACGUUCAAUUGGCAGUUGGAUUCAGGAUCCAUCCAGAGCUUCGGAAGGCCUGAAGGCAGACCUUGUAGCAGUUUUGAGCAGAAUUGAAAAUCAGCUCAAGGAAGAAGGGUUAGGUUGGGUGAAUGUUUUAUAUGUUCACCUCUACAUUUCAAGCAUGAAGGAAUUUGGAUUGGCCAAUGAAGUUUAUGUCAGCUUUAUUACAGAAAAGAAAUGCUACCUGGGUGUUCCUUCGCGCAGUACAAUUGAAUUGCCACUAGUUCAGGGUGGGUUGGGCAAAGCAUAUGUGGAAGUUCUAGUUUCAAAUGAGGUGGUAAAGAGAGUUCUACAUGUGCAAAGCAUCUCUUGCUGGGCUCCUAGUUGCAUUGGACCUUAUAGCCAGGCAACUCUUUAUGAAGAGAUUCUCUAUAUGGCUGGUCAGCUGGGGCUUGACCCUCCUAUGAUGAAGCUCUGUCCUGGAGGUCCAAGAGCUGAACUAGAAUCAGCACUAAAAAAUAGUGAAGCUGUGGCUAAUGCCUUUAGCUGCUCUAUAUAUUCCUCGGCCAUUCACUUUCUGGUGUACUGCUCUGCACUGUUGACAUCCAGCGAGAAGGAAGAAGUUGAACAGACAUUGAAUAGUUCUUAUAUUACUCAUUUGGAUCGCUCGAAAGCUGUAUCAUCUCCAACUGUUCUAUAUGUAUUUGCACCAGAUCUUCCAAAAGGAGCACGUGUGGAGAUAAAGCCUAUAUUGUAUGUCCCCUCCAAUGAUGAUGAGGUUGCUACCAUAGAGAUGGAGACUGGAGUUCCACUGCCAACACUGAGCAAAGCUUGGACUGAUUUGAGUGCACUAUACUCUGAGUUGCGUGAUUCAUGUUGCCAGGUCCACACAAUUGGUGGGAGAAUUUGUUCUGCUGUGGUGUCGCUCACAGAUGAUAUCGCAUCAAAGAUCUGUUCUACAGCUGGACAGCUAUACCACAGAGAGAAUUUGAAAACUAUGGCUAGAUUCUGUGCUUUCCAGACCGUGAAGAUCCUGGCGGAUAACAAAUUUUCCUGGGACAGUAUAACGAUGCUGAGGUUCUACUAUUCGGUUGAUCUCUCGGUGGCGGCAGAUGCAAUAUCAGGAGCAUUUUCCGAGGCAUUUGCCGAGCUUGCGGAAGACAACAGUUCCACGAGAACUGACAAAGUUCCUUUCUACAACAUUGUGCCGGUAUCCGGAUCUGGCCGCUCUGCAUGUACGAACGAUAUAAUGACAUGCGAGUUACUGGCUUCCAACAUUUCGAGUGCAUAG